AUGAUCAUCGGUAUUCUCACGGUUUGCUUUACUUCACCAAAAUCGAAAGAACCAAUAUGUCCCUUUCUAUUGGUAUCUCAGACUCAAGAUUGGGUUCCUGUCGCAGAUCGUAAAUUGCCAAUUGCAUUAUGUGAUUUCAAUAAUGACAAUCACUUGGAUAUCAUUGUCACUGAACGAGGGAAUAACGAAAUGAAUAUUUUCUUGGGAUACGGAGAUGGAAAGUUUUCCAAGAAUCCAACGACUUCAAUAGCUUGUUCUUCUUUACCGUACUCUAUCGCAGUUGGCGAUUUUAACAAUGAUAGUUGGUUGGAUAUCGCCGUCGCUAAUCAUAAUCACAAUAAUAUAGGUAUUUUUUUUGGGUAUGAUAAUGGAACAUUCGCAAUAGAAAAAAUUCAUUCAACUGGUGCUUCUCGUCCACUGGCACUAUCGGUUCAUGAUUUUAACGACGACAAACAGUUAGAUAUUGUCGUAGCCAAUGAUGGUACGAACAAUAUCGGUAUACUUCUUGGAUAUGGGAACGGAACCUUUGCUAAUCAGAUAACAUUUUCAACUGGCUUUGAUUCAUUUCCUCAUGCGAUCGUUGUUGCUGAUUUUAACAACGACAAUCGACUGGAUAUCGCUGUUGCCAACGCUGGAACCAACAAUAUAGGAGUUUUUCUUGGAAAUGGUAAUGGAACGUUCUCAAAUCAAACUACAUAUCCAGCAGGAAGUUAUCCUGUCUCGCUGGCCGUUGGUGAUUUUAAUAAAGAUGGUCGAAUGGAUAUUGUUGUAAGCAAUAGUAAUGAUCAUAAUGUAUGUAUACUACUUGGAAAUGACAAUGGAAUGUUUACAAGUCAAGGCAUCUAUGCAACAGGCUUUGGUUCUUAUCCUAGUUCGGUGGCUGUUCGUGAUUUCAACAAAGACGAUCGACUCGAUAUUAUUAUCGCUCAUAGUGGCAGUAAUAAUCUAGGUUUCUUUGUCGGACAUGGCGAUGGAACCUUCGAAAAACAAAGGUUAUAUCCAAUAGCUAUUGGAGUCCCCCAAAUGAUCGUUGCUGACGAUUUGAAUAACGAUACUUGGACAGAUGUUGUCGUCGCUGUUGAUAACGCUUUUAAUAUCGCUGUUUUUCUUGGAGGUCCAGAUAAAAACCUUACCAAUCUAAAGACAUAUUCAACAGGUGGCAAUGCUUACACAAUGUCUGUUGCUGUGGGUGACUUCAACAACGAUGCUCGAUUAGAUAUUGUUGAAGCAAAUUAUGGCAAAGACGAUAUAGGAGUCUUUCUUGGAGAUGGGGACGGAAAUUUUGGUAUGAAAAUUAAAUAUUCAACAGGAUCAGGUUCUCAGCCAUAUUUCGUUACUGUUGGUGAUUUUAACAACGACACUCGAUUGGAUAUCGUUGUAGCCAAUUAUGGUACUAAUAAUAUAGGCGUCUUUUUGGGAAAAGGAGAUGGAAAUUUUUUCAAUCAAACUGUAUAUUCAACAGGAUCGGGUUCUCAACCAAAUUCUGUUGCUAUUGGUGAUUUUAACAACGACACUCGACAAGAUAUUGUUGUAGCCAAUUAUGGCACUAACACUGUAGGCAUCUUUUUGGGAAAGGAUAAUGGAACGUUUUCAAAUCAAACUACAUAUACAAUAGAUGGUUAUCCCAUAUUUGUGACCGUUGGCGAUUUGAACAAAGAUGACCGAUUGGAUAU